UGAUGAGGCAGUCUUAAGCGUCUUCUGAAGCAGAAAUUUUCAAUUCUCCGCUUCUAUUGAAACUGCGCCUUGAAUUUUGUUACCUUGACUUUGAACUGUGAAAGAUCUAAUGCCCGAAUUUCGCGUACGUGCACCAAUAAGAUGGUACUGUUUCUUUAAAGGAAGUUUUCGGAACAGCACUGUAUCUUUGUGAACUAAAAAUGAUGCAUUAUAAUCUUAUCUAUAAUGCCGAUGCUUCAGCAUCUCGUCGCCGUGUGUAUCUCUACGAUCUCGUUUAUUGUAAAUAUUGUGAUAAAUAUUUUCAUCCAUUCGCUUGAAUUCGGUGUGCGUACUUCAGAUUUUUCAUCAGAAUUGAAAUUCUUUCUUUCUGUGCAAGACAGGAGUUAUAUUAGAAGUUUUCUAAAUUAAAAACUGUGUAUUAAUUUUCGAACUAAAAUGAAAAAUAUUAAAAAUUCUUGAAUGGAAAUAGAUUCAAAUUAUUGCUCUUUUCUUACAUUGAUGUUGUUUAUGAUAUAUUAGUAAUGUGGACCAAUUGUUUAAAGUGUGGGAGUAUGCAGUAUUUCAGGAGAUAGUGUUAAAUAAUUUUUGAGGACAUACAAGACAUUUUUAGCUGUUGAAUUUAUUCGAUUUUAAGAAUAUUGAAAUCAUGAGCUGUUUCUGUUUCAGUCGCCGCAAGCAAAAAUCUCCAAAGAUAGAACACCAACAUUCUGCUAGUCCUAAUGCUCAGAUCAUGUCAAGUAGUAUUUACCAUAACGGAUCAGGAUGCGAUACGGCUCUUCAGAUUUUGCUAGAUUCUCUAGAUCAAGUAUGCGAAAAAGUUGACACACCUGUUGAAGAUCAUUUGUUUUUAUCACAGUUGUUACAGAACAAAAAUUUACAAUCCCUCAUUACAGUUCAUAAUAAAAUAAACAGCCAGAAUGUCCAACCAUCGUAUCAAGAUGUGAGCAGACUUGCCAAAGAUGUUAAAGAAUUACUGAAAGUUUCUAAGUCACCAGAGUCAAUUGAGUUGCAAGUAUUAUUAGAUAAACCUCAUUUAAAGGCUCUUUUUCAAACUCAUGACCAGGUGGCAAGAAAAGACUUCCUUCCAGCUUUACCAGAUGUGCCUUUUGAAGUAGAUGAAGAUGAUGAAAGUGUCAAAGUUGUUCAACUUAUAAAAAACACUGAACCUUUGGGUGCCACUAUCAAAAUCGAUGAAGCUUCGGAUGCUGUUGUUGUGUCUCGCAUUGUUCGUGGAAGUGUAGCUGAUCGCAGUGGCCUUAUAAAUGUAGGGGAUGAGCUCCGAGAAGUAAAUGGCAUUCGUGUUAAAGGAAAAAGCCCUCUAGACAUUCUUGCAAUUUUGGAGCAAUGCAGAGAAGGCACAAUUACAUUCAAACUAGUGCCAGGAGUGCCUCCAAAGCAUGCACCAUCAGAUCAAGUCAGAGCUAAUUUUUGCUAUGAUCCAAUGCUUGAUCCAUUGAAUCCCAAACCAGAAUCAGGUCUUGCAUAUCGUAGAGGUGAUAUUCUUCACAUUGUUAGUCGUCAAGAUCCUGACUGGUGGCAGGCCCAUUUAGAUAAUGAUUCAAGAAUUGGAAUUAUCCCUAGUCCAGAUGUUCAAAAAAGGCGUCUUUCAACAUUUCAGAAUGGCUCUCUUUGCAAAAGGAGUGAAUUAAAUUCAAAUGAUUACUUUGAUCCUGAUGCUAAAGAUAUACAAGUGUAUGAAGAAGUUGCACUGUUACAUCCUGUGCCUGGAACAUAUAGACCUAUUGUACUCAUAGGUGCUCCGGGUGUUGGUCGUAAUGAAUUGAAGCAGAGAUUGAUUUCAUAUGAUCCUGUGCAUUAUAAAACAACUAUUCCCCACACCAGUAGACCCCCUAAGAGUUGGGAAGAGGAAGGCAAAGAAUAUUAUUUUGUUUCUCGUGAAGAAAUGGAAGAAGGCAUUCGUGAAGGAAAAUUUGUUGAGUAUGGGGAAUACCGUGGAAACUUGUAUGGCACAAGUAUUGAGUCAGUUUUUACUAUUGUGAGAUCUGGUCGUGUCUGCAUUUUAAAUCCUCAUCCCCAGGCUUUGAAGCUUCUGCGUACAGCAGAACUGAAGCCAUAUGUUAUAUUUGUUAAACCUCCACCAUUCGAAUUGCUCAAAGAAACUAGGAACUCUGCUCAGUCCUCUUUUGAUGAAAAUUAUUCCCGUGGAUUUACUGAUCGAGAAUUACAAGAUAUAAUAGAUAACAGCUGGAACAUAGAGAGGGUGUAUGGUCAUAGAUUUAAUAGUACAAUAGUUAAUGAGGACAUAAAUAAAUCAUUCAAAGAACUACUAACAGUUGUUAAAAAAGUGGAAAAUGAGCCCCAGUGGGCUCCAGCAACUUGGGUGCUAACUCCAUGAGUCCUUCUAUUAAACAGUAUUGCAAGAACAUAUAAAAAAUGAAAAUUUACUUUUUUGAAUAAUAUUUUACUUGUGUUAUAUAAUAUAUACAAGGAGUUUAAGAUCAUAAAAUGUAGAUUUCUUUUGUAAUAUUUGAUGUUUUAGAAGUUAUGUACAGUGAAAAUGUAUUAAAUAUUUGAUGUGUUACGUAUGUUGUAAAAUGAAAAACUUCCUACUAAUAAUCUUUUUUUUUUUUUUUUUUUUCACAAACUGUGGUAUAUUUGAGUUGAUUUGUGAAGUAGAGUUGCUUUCAGUUAUUAUCGGUAGCAUGUGUCAGUUUGAUUUUUUUAUGUCAAAUCAAUGACUGAGUAUAUGUAAAAUUUAAUUACUUGAAUAUUUAUCGACACCAAAAGUUUUGAAUUCACAGGUCGUCUUUGCUGGUCUGUUAUGAUAAAAUGCAAUUUGGAAUGUCAUAAAAGUUCUGUCUUAUAAAACAGAUAGUUAAGGUAAUGUGAAAGCAAUUGAAGAAACUCUGCUUUAGGAGAAACUGAUUAAUAUUCAUGUUACAAGUGGACGAAAUUCCUUUUCAGCUGCCAGUAAUCACAUUAGGCAUAAGCUGCUAGCUUUUAUUGGUGUUACAUGCUCAUGCAUCAAGUUGCGUCUUUCAAAAUAUUUUUUAUUGCCUAAUCAUAUUAUAUAUGUGACUGUGUGCUUAAAACUAUGAGAAAGCAACCCUUCUUUUAAAAAUCUUAUUUUGGACCAAAAUUUGUUAUGUUUGUUAAAAGAGGAAAUAUUGUUAAAUUGUUACCCAGCAUUCUACUUAAAAGUUUCAUACUUUUCUUUCACAUUUUGUUUACUCAUUUUAAUUCAUUUCAUUAUACUGAGAAUCAUAGUUAUGCAAAGUAGGCCCACCGAUAGUGUUCCAUAAGUCCUUAUUUAUUAGUUAAUAUAUGCAGUUAUUUCUUUUAAAUGUAUGUUAUUAAAAAUAUGACUGUACAUCUGCAGCAUAAAUUGUUUAUGCAUGUUAGAAGUAAACUUAAUAAUUAUAAUUAAUUCAGGUAGCCUCUUAUGUAAUUAUAAUUCAUUAUUGAUAGCAUCAGAGAGGUUGUAAUUCAGUAUAAUAUGUAUUAUAGGCUUAUAUAUUAAUUUUAUUACUCCUUCAUUUAAUAUGCCAUAAAUGUUGAGUAAUAGUUAUAAUUUUGCUCUUUUGAAAUGUCAUAAAAGAGUAUUUUAUUACAGAAUUCAAGUAUAUCAAUUCUAAAAUGCAUAAUAGAUUACAUGCUGUGUGUGCUAUUUUAACAUGCGAUUGAAUAGUAAAAAUAUACACUUUUCAAAAUAUUCAGGUUCUGAAUUUUUGUAAGAAUUAGUUGAGAAUCUAAAUUUUUAGAAUGUAUUUUUUACCCUUACUACAUUAAUAGCUGGGCCAUGAAUUAAAAGUCUUAAUUAAUUUAAAAAAAUGUAGAUGUUAAAAAUUGUAAUUUUAGCAGUUUUUGUAAGUUUUUGAAGAAAAAUAUUCAUCUUGGAAUGUGUAAGGGGAAUUAAAUUGCUUUAUUUGUUAAUUAUUUGGUUUUGAAGGUUGAAUCUUCAUAAAACUGUGUUAAAAAAUCUUUUAAAAUUAUAUAGAAGUGUUUGAUGUAAAUUUUUGCUAGUGUAAUGUUUUCUUCUUCAAAUCUCAAAUGGCGUUUUGCUGUUUGCAUCAUGUUUUCAUAGAUAAAAUGCUUUUACAUUGUUAUCACAUAGGCAUAUAUAUAAACAAGAAAUUUUUACUGCUAAUGUUUUUGUUUUAUAUUUUAGUCAACUGUUUUUCUAUACUGUGUAUGACUGUUUUAGUUCAAUCUGUAUAUGUAGCUUUAAUUUCUCUGAAAUUUUUUAAUCAACACAAAGCUUUACCUAUAAAAAUGACUUUUAUGGUUGAAAUAAUGGUUGUGAAAUGAAACUAGGUUUGUGACUUCUAAAAAUUUAAUAUUUACCAUUCUUUGCUUCUUCAUUAACAGAUUUCUAAGUAUUCUGAAAAAUGCUGUGUUCUUUCUUACCAAAAAGAGCUGUAUUUUAAUUAAUUUCUGAAAUAUGUGUGAUGCAUAAAAAUUAUGUUUGAAAUAGAAAUUAUGCUUUACAGUCUUUUUGAGUUUCAGUUCUUUAUUAAGUGAGAAUGUAAUGAAUUCCAUCUUAAAUGUGUAUUUUUCCAUUGUAUAUAAAUUUUCUUUGCCAAGAAAUAUAAUAGUGUUUAAUAUAACUAUUAGCUGGGGAACAACUUCUUCAAUUUUAGUGUUGCUUUUAUAAUACAUGACAUAUCUUUAUUAACUUUAGUAAGCUGCCUUUUCAUAUUUGUAUAUCUUUAUUAACUUUAGUAAGCUGCCUUUUCAUAUUUAUAUAUAGGGUCAUACCCAAACAUAAGGGCAUAGCAUUAAGGCAUUAUUUUCCAAAAGAGUGCAAAAUUUAUUACAUGUAAUCUACAGGGCAGUGGCCUUACAAGAUUAUUCAACAUAAUUUCUGUUUUUGACAUAAUUGAAAUAAUUUCAAAUUAUUACAGCUAUAAAUCUAAUGAAAUCUGUUUGUAAUAAUGGCAAAACCGUUGAACUCAUCUAAGGUUUACUUUCAUGUCUAUCUUAAACAAUGUCUUUUUAAAAGCAUAUUCCUCUUCAAAAAGAUUUAUGUGUAAAAUUUUAUAUAACUUUGCCAAUUACUAUUAGUUUUUCUUAAAAGUCAUACUCUAUUUAAUGUUGCUGCAAUUUGUACUAAUACAAAAUAACUUUUUUAUAUGUAUUUCUCAUUAUGAAAAGUAUUAUAUGUGAAUUCACUGUCAAAAUUAUCAAAGAUAUUUAUGAAAAGUAUUACUACAUAUAUUGUGCCAAAAAUUCCUUAGGUAUUAACUCAAAAUUUUUAGCUUAAAACUGGCUAAAUUGUUGUUGAUUGUUAUGGAAAUUUUAAAAAAUAUUUUCAAGGAAUAAAUUUUAAUCUGAAUAAUUUUUCAUUCAAUGCACAAUUGUCAUUUUUUGUAACAAGCAGUAUUAAUGGCUAUACUGGGAAUGACAUUAUUCAUAUUAAAAAUGACUGUAAGUGUGCUAGUAAAGGGGAAUACUAAACACUGAAUUCCUAGUUAAAUUCUCUACAGUGAAGCAUUCCUGUUGCUAAUUACUGAUUAAAAUUCUUUUAAGCAGUGCAACAUUUCUUUCAGUAGUUUAUUAUGGAUUUUCUGAAUUACUUGUAAAUAUAACUACAAUAAAUUAAUAGUAAAUGUACUGUAAUAAAUGCUAUUUAGUGUCUUUUAUGUACAUCUUCUUUCAUCAAUAAAAUAUUUAUAUAAGACUUGGA